AUGAGACUCAGCUUUCAAACAUAUUCAGUGAUCUUCACAGUCGGCAACCUGGUGGCCUCUCAGUCACAAUUUUCUGGUUGGGAAUAUGCCAUCAACACCACAGUAAUAAAUUUCAAUAAUGAGAAUAUGCAGAUAACAUGGGCAGCAAGAGGACUAUUUCCUGAUGAGAAUUUGUCAUUUUCUUAUACAUUUGAUGAAGGCAAGCAUAAAGUUUGGAAGUCAUGUCCCACUUAUUUAUUGGAUCAAGAUUAUAAUUCUGGAUGUCUUUUCAAGACAGAAGGACCCACUCUUGCCAUCUCCAUCAGAAACAGCAAUGGAAGUGAAGAUCUUUUUUCUAAAAAAUUAAAAUCUGAUUUUUAUAUAAAGCCCAAUCGACCAGAAAACGUGACUUUCUUCUGGAAAGAGGACACUGUUACUGUAAGUUGCAAUAAACCAGAGCGAGCUGUGAGGUGCUUGAGACUCGAGCUUCAGUACAAAAGCAAGUUUGACAAAGAGUGGCAAUCCAGAAUUUCUAAGUGUUGCAGUGUUGGAGAGCAAGGGUUUGAUCCAAGGAAAUGUUAUUCUUUCCGGGUCAGACUGAAGAGGCUAGUACCCCAAUGCAACGUAGUUAAUUACAGCAGUGACUGGGAAGCAGAAACAUUUUGGAUGAAUGGCACAUUAUUAGAUUCAUGUGAUGAUGAUAUAAAAUCUCAGUCAAACACAGUAUUUGUUUUAAGUUGUUCACUGGCAGUACUUCUAAUGAUGCUUAUCCUCUUGAUUCUUCUAUGUAAAUGUCAGAGGCUUCGGAAGUCAGUCAUACCUGCUGUACCAGAUCCAAAAUAUGUAUUUGCUGAUCUCUUCAGUGAUCAUAACGGAAACUUCCAG